AGCUUCAAGAACACGAAUUUACAGCUCUAAAAGCUCAAUUGGGAAGUGUAUUUGGAGUGUUUUUCAAGUAUUUACUGAAAGAUUCAUUCUUUUUGUUCAUUUUGUUUUAGGUUCUUGUGGGAGAGAGUUGGAGUUUGUGUUGAAGUGUGCACAGGGAGAUGGGUUUGGCUCCACUUUGAUGCAAGUUUAUGGAGAUUCUUCAUCUGGGUUGAGGAACUAAGAACACAGAAGACAGAGUUUGAUCUCGGUUAGAAGGAUAGCUGAAGUUAUCUGUUUUAUCAAGGAUGAGGAGGUCAUGCCUUCCCAAGUGCAGAUUUGGUAGGAUAAUGGGAUGGCUCCAGAUUCUACUGGGAGGGCUUGUUAUAAUUGUCAGCAUAUCCAGCCUCUUCAAGUUCUAUUCUGCCGGAUUUUUCUGGCGCAAUGAAGACAUAUGCCGACAUUUUUAUGGGGUCAGAAAUGAAUAUGAAGGAUUCGACAUAAAAGCUUUGUCUGAUCGAGUAGGGGAAGUGCUAAACAAAUUGGAUAGUUUACAAGAAAAGCUCGAGUCAGCUGUGCAGCAAAUGGAGAAGAACAAAGAUGUCUUUCAUACAACUAAUAUCACAAAAUUGGAGUUCAAGAAGUAUCUGGAGGAGGAAGUAAUCAGGCCUCUUUAUAGCGCUCACAUUUCUCUGAGACUGAUUCGGUUACCUAUCCCAGAAGGUAUUAGAAACUCAACAAUGAAAGAGGAACCUUUGAUUAAUACUUUUGUGAUUGAAGAGAUAAGGAAGUAUAUAACCCCAAAGGAGAGCAGAAUUGGGAAGAUUAAUAUAUUUGGUACAGAAAGGAUAUACAAUACGAUUGGACAUGCUUGUGUGUUGUACAAGAAAGAGCUGGAAGAGUAUAUGAACUAUGACAUUGGGUCUUAUUGUGACGAUGAUUGGAACUUGGCUCAGAAGCUGAUGUUUAAUGGUUGUGAUCCUUUGCCCCGGAGGCGGUGCUUGACAAGGGCCUCACAGGUCUAUCAGAAGCCUUAUCCUAUCAAUGAGUCUCUGUGGAAAUUGCCUGAUGACAGAAAUGUGCGGUGGAGCAAUUAUCAGUGCAGAAACUUUCAGUGCUUAAUGAGCAACAACACCAAAAGGGGUUAUUUAAAGUGCGUAGGAUGUUUUGAAAUGGAGAAGGAAAAGCUUAAAUGGGUGAUUAAGAAUAGCUCGCUACCAGUUGAUUUCCUGAUCAGUGAAAUUUUGGCUAUUAAGCCUGGGGAGAUAAGAAUUGGUCUUGACUAUGGUGUUGGCACAGGUACUUUUGCUGCAAGAAUGAGAGAAAAUAAUGUUACAGUAGUCUCUACUGCUCUUAACCUUGGGGCUCCUUUCAAUGAAAUGAUUGCCUUAAGAGGUUUGGUUCCGCUGUAUAUAACAUUGAAUCAGCGUCUACCUUUCUUUGAUAACGUUAUGGACUUGAUUCACACAGCAGGGUUUCUGGAUGGCUGGAUUGACCUGCUGUUGCUGGAUUUCAUCCUGUUUGAUUGGGACCGAGUUCUGAGGCCCGGGGGAUUGUUAUGGAUCGACAGGUUCUUUUGCAAUAAAAAGGAUUUGGAUGAUUUCAUGUACAUGUUUCUGCAAUUGAGAUACAAGAAACACAAGUGGGCUAUUACUCCUAAAUCAAAGGAUGAGGUCUACUUCUCAGCAGUGUUAGAGAAACCUCCAAGAGCUAUCUGA